CUCAAUUUAUAAGCAUUUAUCCCGACUCAAAAAAGGGCAAAAACCCUCCCAUUUUCUCUAAUCUGGACACGAAUCCCUAAAAUCACUCUCCUUGAUCUCCCUCGAUGGCCACCGACGAAGACUCCUCCGCCUCAUCAGCCGCUGCCGGCGGCAGCCCUGGAGGGAAAAUCGCUGAAAUCACCCGCCUCAUUCCUCUACUAACCGCUCUCAACAAACACCCAUUCUGGGAAACCCAACCAGUACCGCAAUUCACCGAAGCCGGCGAUCUUACGUUGCCUGACGGCCCGAUCUUACCACAAAUACCCUCAUCGGAUGUCAAGCAAGAUCCCUACAAUCUUCCGGCCCAAUUCGAAUGGACGGACAUCGACAUCGACGAUGAUUCCACCUUCUCCGAUCUCCACCGAUUCGUUUCAAAUAACUACGCCGACAACGAGGCUCCUCUUCCCUUCGCUUACUCCCCUGGUUUCCUCCGCUGGCUUCUCCGCGAUCCCAACCAAAUCAAAUCGCUCCAUGUCGGCGUUUCAGUCAAGAACACCAAGAAACUCAUCGGAUUCAUCGCCGCCACGCCGGCGAUGCUCCGCGUCCAAACCGAAACCUUCCGCGUCGCCGUCGCAAACGUCCUCUGUGUCCACAAGAAGCUCCGUUCCAAACGGCUUGUUCCUGUUCUUGUCCGCGAGCUCGCACGCCGAGCUCAGUUAGAAGGCAUUUGGCAAGGAGUUUUUGCCACCGAAAGACACCUCCCGACACCAAUCUGCGCCAGCAGGUUGCUUUAUCGAUUCCUAAAUCCCAAUAAAAUGAAGCGGUGCGGCCACGUAGUAAAGACCGGCCCGGUGGAUGAGAUCAGCAUUCGCCGGCUAAACAAAUGGUACAAAGCUGCCAAGACGGUGGAGACGAGAGGGUUCAGAAAGAUGGACUCCGGCGACGUCACGGAGGUGUCGGAGAUGCUAAAGCUCUACCUGAAAAAGUUCGAGGUGGCGUUGGAAGUCGACGAGCAUUUCGUCGAACACUUUCUUCUGCCCAAGCCGGGCAUAGUCGACUGCUACGUCGUGGAGGAUUCCGAGACCAAUAAGCUCACCGAUUUCUGCAGCUUCUUAAUCCACAGCGUGGAGGUUGAGAAUGAUCCCAAGUACUCGGAGCUCAAGUGCGUCGUUCUGUUCUACUAUGCGACCUACGAGACGGCUCAUUUGAAGCUGAUGAAGGAUGUGUUGGUGACGGCGAAGGAAGAUGGAGCUGAUCUAUUCAUGGCGUACGAUAUUAUGGGAAAUUUAUCUUUUCUUGAUGGGCUUCUGUUCAGGCCUAAGAUUGACGACGACUUGAAGGAGAUUUAUUAUUAUUUCUACAACUAUCGAAUGAAGGAAGUGCUGGAGACACGGGAGGUUGCUCUCAUAAUCUGAUUAGGCCAUGCAAGCAAAUUUUUUUUUUUUUUUCUUGUUAAGCAAUUGAAAUUCAUCUUUUAUGAAAGUUGAUAUUUUGAUUCUUUAGAGCAUGAUCUAGUUGAAAUUAUUUCACUUGCAUAUCGUCCAACUAGAAACUAGAGCUGUAUGCAUUAUAUGGACAGAAAGUAAUCGACCGAGAUCAUUCAAUACAACACUAUGAACAUGAUA